AUGGCCUACAUCACGCUUCUCUCUGUUAUAGUGGUAGCGGCGGUGAUCAUCAUCGUUGAGCGCCUCGAAAGAAACAAGAGACUACCGGGGUAUCUCAGGCCGUUACCUGGACCGAAGGGCUUGCCAGUAAUAGGUAGUGUUCAUGAGCUACCGGAGCGCAACAGCUGGAUGAAGUUCCAUGAAUGGGGCGAGAAGUAUGGAUCGAUCUACCAAGUCAAUCUCGCUGGCGUCAACCAUGUUUGGAUCACCAGGGACAGCGUCGCACAUGAUCUAUUGUCCAAGCGGAGCGCCAUCUACUCAGACCGGCCAUUCAUUCCUGCUCUGGAGCAGGAUAAUCGAACCAGUGGUCAAUAUCUUCCUUUAAUGAGUCGGAAUGACAAGUGGACUAGACAGCGCAAAUUCGCCAAGCAGAUAAUGGACACUUCUGAGAAGGCAUCAUUUUACGGCUAUCCCGAGCUUGAGUCUAUCCGUCUGUUAUUCGAACUCAUGACUAAGCCACUGGAGUACAAUGUUGCCAUGGAGUCUUUCAUCGCGCGUGUCACAAGCAGGCUGGCAUGGGGUACAGCCACACCAUCUGAUGAGCUCAAGCAACGAGCAAGAGAGCUACUGGUUGGUGUCUCCCCAUCUGGAGCUCUGGGCAACAAGCUUCCCUUCAUUAUGUCGCUGCCGGAACAGCUGGCAAGCGCAAAAGCAUGGGAGGCCAGAAGAAGCAGGACCGAGAAGAAGUUCUUCGAGACAAUGCAGGACGAAGUGCGAGAUAGCAUGCACGCCAACAACUUUCCUAAACCUGCCGCAGCACCUUUGUUCAGCGCGCCUAGAUCACGACCUUCCUGGAUGCGAAUGUUCCUCGAGCGCAAACCAUCAUGGGGAUUCGCAUCGGAGCUUGAAGGGGCCUUUGCAGUAGGCAUGCACGGUAUAGCUGGUGCUCUUACCAUUGCCGCGCCCAUGCAGAGCUUCUGUCUUGCGCUCUGCCACUAUCCACAAUAUCAGCCAAUCCUGCACGAGGAGGUUGAUCGAGUCCUGGGUGAUCGCAUGCCGACUUUCGAGGAUAUGGCACACAUGCCCGUGUUACGAGCAUUCAUUCGCGAGACGCUGCGCUGGCGCCCACCUGUGCCUACUGGUAUCCCACAUGAAGUCAUCCAGGAUGACAUGUACAACGGCUACCACAUUCCCGCUGGCUCGGUGAUCCAUCCGUUGGAGUGGUCUAUCUCACGGGAUCCGAAGGUCUUCCUAGAACCUGAUGAGUGGAAUCCGAUGAGAUGGUUGGAAGCGCAGUAUCCCACCUACCAGGAGCCAUUGAACAAGUACCCCACCAUCACCCAAUACAGUCAAUUCGGCUACGGCAGACGGAUCUGUCAGGGUAUGGGCGUUACGGAAGCCGAUCUAUUCGUCGGUCUUGGUAGUGUUGCCUGGCUCUUUUCGAUGGGCAAGGAUGAGCCGGAGCCCGAGGUAGUAUUGGAGCCAGAAACCGAGCCGGAGAUUAUGCAGCAGCCAGCGCUAUACCAAGCGCAGGCUGAAGAGCGACUGCCCGGUCUGAGUCCACCAGUCUCGCCUACGACGAAGACUCGUUCUCAUCACCGUGUCCUGUCGAGUGAACAGCUCUUCUUCGAGCAAAACGCCGAGCGCAUCAAGCGACGAUCAUGGCGAAGCAGCGAGGUGAGCUUCGCAUGUUCUCAAGGAGAAGAGGAGUCUUCUACAAUAUCCAGCGACGGAGGCAGUGAUGUCGGCGAUGCGGAUCCGAUCAAAACGGCGCUCAGUCGACUCACUUUGAAUCGCAACGACUCCGCUAUCAGCAUUCCGGGCGAGUUCCCGGUCCUCCGAAUCGAAGUUGCACCGCCAGCGCCUCCCGCCACACCACUGGAACACAAAUCACGGCAACCAUCGCCUGCUCGGUCGCCACCACAAGCAUCUGCCUCAGCAUCCACAUCGGCUGUUGACAAAAGCAUGGAUAAGGAAGACCCUACAAUGAACUUCUCCACCCUCCUCAUAGCGAAACCACUACCUUUCAAGUUCAACCUCCAGAUCCGCAACAAAGAACGUGCUCGUAUGGUAGCGCGCAAAUGGGCAGAAUUGAAAGUCGAAGGCGAAUUUGAAGAUGCGAGGAUAUACUGGGGUGACGGAAAGUCUACGGCUGGUAAUAAGGAGUUUGGUUGGGGUGAAGUGUGCACCUGA